ACCGCAAUAUGUUGCAAAAUUUUAUAUGCCGCAACUGUGUUGCAAUAUGCCGCAAUUGAGUGAGGCGCCCAGCUUUAAUGUCAAGGUUAAAGAUGGAGCCGCGAUAGGUUCAUUUGAAUUUCCAUCUUUGGCCAAGCAUUCACAUAUUUGUAUUGUAUGA